AUGACUCCACAGCAACAGCAGCAGAUUACUGUUACACCCUUAACGGGCAUCAGGCUGACUCAUCCAGCCAAGGCGAUGAGGAUGGUGUCUGGAAAACAAGGUGUCCGGCCAAGAUUUGGUCCCUCCAAGAGAAUCUUGGAGCUGGCACAGCAUAAAACCUCAAAAACAAUCUGGGCGACGACUCCUUGUGAGAAGCUGAGCUGGGGCAACCAGGAGCCGAUACGGCCUAUCUCCUUUUCUGCACUCAGAGCUACUCCCAGUUCAAGAAUCCAAUACCUGGCCCAGCACAAAAGAGACUUCUCAGCAAGGGAGGACCCCCGGAGGCCUCUGCACACACCUCAGUGUGAAAAUAACUGUCCUAUUUGGCACGUUUAUCCCAGAAUGAGAAAUGUUGUCAUCACUGCUCGAUUGCUGCAGCUCUCACAACCCAAACAGACACAUCCAGACUACAGCAGCAAUAGGGAGAGCGCAGCUUCUGUUGUCUCCUUUGCUUCCAGAGCAGCUCAGAUAUCUCAGAGAGUCGCCCAGCUGUCGCUACCUAAACUGAAACAGAGCAACAUCUGCUACCAGCUGGGACACCUUGAGGACACAAUCUGGACCGUCACCAGAGCAGCAAGAAAGGCUUCAGCAAGUGUUCGUGUUCAGCAGCUGGCAGCUCCAAAGCAGCUUCACAAGGACUAUAUUCCUCCACGAGACCCAGUGUGGAGCCGGAAAAAUGCAAAGAACAACUGAGCUUCUGCUGAAAUAAUUCAGAAACUUACUAUUUUUCUACUUUGAACUUGAACUUGAAGGUGACCCUAUAUCUCCUGUCAUCCAUUUGUUUUUGUUCUGUGGUUGAAUCUUUAAAUUGUUAUGUCAUACUGAAAAUAUUGCUGCUUUUAACCUCUAAAACCCUGGUUUCCUCGAGCUGGAAACAUCAAUACAUGUGGUUUUUCCUCCACUGCUAAACUGGAUUCUAAAUUAUUAUUUUUUUUUAUCACAACCACAUGUUUCAGACUUUGCACAAUGUAAAUGUGGUUCUCCCUGAGUAUUUUUAACUUCAGUGCAUGGAUGGACUGU